GAAAAUGAAAUCCUUGAAACUCUAUACAAUAUUGCAAGCAAGAACAAGAUAUGGAGGUCCUAUAUAGGCAUGGGUUAUUACAACUGCUCAGUGCCUCAGCCCAUUACACGGAAUUUAUUGGAGAAUGCAGGAUGGGUUACGCAGUAUACUCCUUACCAACCUGAGGUCUCCCAGGGCAGGCUGGAGAGCCUGCUAAAUUACCAGACUAUGGUGUGUGAUAUCACAGGAAUGGAUGUGGCUAAUGCAUCUUUGCUGGAUGAGGGGACAGCUGCUGCAGAAGCCAUGCAAUUAUGUCACAGGCACAACAAAAGAAGGAAGUUCUAUGUUGAUGCCCGAUGCCACCCUCAAACUAUAGCAGUGCUCCAAACUAGAGCAAAUUAUACAGGUGUUAUUACUGAGCUCAAAUUACCCCAUGAGAUGGAUUUCAGUGGAAAGGAUGUCAGUGGAGUAUUAUUUCAGUAUCCAGACACUGAAGGGAAGGUGGAAGACUUCUCUGAACUUGUUGAAAGAGCUCAUCAGAAUGGGGCUCUCGCCUGCUGCGCUACUGAUCUUCUGGCUCUCUGUAUUCUGAAGCCUCCUGGAGAGUUUGGGGUAGAUGUUGUCCUGGGUAGCUCCCAGAGGUUUGGUGUGCCACUCUGCUACGGGGGACCCCAUGCGGCAUUCUUUGCUGUCAAGGAAAAUCUAGUGAGAAUGAUGCCGGGCAGGAUGGUGGGCGUCACAAGAGAUGCAAAUGGAAAGGAAGUGUACCGACUUGCUUUGCAAACACGAGAGCAGCAUAUCAGGAGGGAUAAAGCUACCAGCAACAUUUGCACAGCACAGGCUCUUCUGGCUAACAUGGCAGCCAUGUUUGGUGUAUACCAUGGGUCUGAUGGAUUAAGGCAUAUUGCAAGACGGGUACACAAUGCUACUCUAAUCUUGGCUGAAGGUCUCAGGCGAGCUGGUCAUAAACUACAUCAUGAUCUAUUCUUUGAUACCUUGACGAUCACAUGUGGAUGCUCAAUCAAAGAGGUUUUGGACAGGGCCGCUGUUCGAAAGAUAAAUUUUCGGAUUUAUGGUGAUGGCAGACUUGGAGUAUCACUUGAUGAAACUGUAAAUGAGAAAGACCUAGACGACAUAUUAUGGAUUUUUGGUUGUGAGUCUUCAGCUGAGCUAAUUGCUCAGGGUAUGGGCGAAGAAACCAAAGGCAUCCUUAGCACCCCAUUUAAGAGAACUUCCAAAUUCUUGACACAUCAGGUUUUCAACAGCUAUCACUCUGAGACAAAUAUCGUGCGGUACAUGAAAAGAUUAGAAAACAAAGAUAUUUCCCUUGUUCACAGCAUGAUUCCUUUGGGGUCCUGCACAAUGAAGCUCAAUAGUUCAGCUGAACUUACACCUAUUUCAUGGAAAGAAUUUGCCAACAUUCACCCUUUUGUGCCACUGGAUCAAGCUCAAGGGUAUCAGCAGCUUUUCAAGGAUUUAGAGAAGGACCUGUGUGAGAUUACUGGAUAUGACAAAAUCUCCUUCCAACCAAACAGUGGAGCCCAAGGAGAGUAUGCAGGUUUGGCUGCAAUCAAAGCUUAUUUAAAUGCAAAAGGAGAACGUCAUAGAACCGUUUGCCUUAUUCCUAAAUCUGCUCAUGGUACAAAUCCAGCAAGUGCACAAAUGGCAGGGAUGAAGAUUCAGCCAAUUGAAGUGGAUAAAAAUGGGAGCAUUGAUAUCUCCCAUUUAAAAGCAAUGGUGGACAAACACAAAGAGAACUUGGCAGCCAUCAUGAUCACUUACCCUUCCACCAAUGGCGUAUUUGAAGAGGAGAUCGGAGAUGUGUGUGACCUGAUUCACAAACAUGGAGGCCAGGUUUACUUAGACGGAGCAAAUAUGAAUGCCCAGGUGGGUCUGUGUCGUCCUGGAGAUUACGGCUCUGAUGUCUCUCACUUAAACCUUCACAAAACUUUUUGCAUUCCCCAUGGAGGAGGAGGACCUGGAAUGGGACCAAUUGGAGUGUGG